AUGCUUUCAAUUCGCCCCCGGUGGGCUUCGCAGUUGAGCGGGGGGAGUCUUUGGUCCAGAUCAGGACCAUCUAUCUCCCUCGGCACGCGGCGGGAUUUUCACUUGAAUCAUAAAUCCAACCAACCUAGAGCCCCGAAGUUCUCGAUCGGCUCUAUCAACACCAAGAGGAGCAGCACUGCUGCCUCCCCGGAGAGAGCCUACCAGGUUAGACUGCAAGAGGUUCGAGAAGCCUGUCCCGAGCCAUACCCUCGUCUGGCAGCGGACCAGCGCUCGAUGAGUUGUUCGGAUUUCACCACCCGAUACGGCCAUCUAGCCAAUAAUGAAACAGUAGAAGAUGACUCCGUCAUCGUUAAUGGUAGGAUACGUACCUAUAGACUUGCCGGAAACAAAUUGAUCUUCUUCGAUAUCGUCCAAAAUGGUCAUAAAGUCCAGAUUAUGUGCAAUUUUCGUGAAUUAGAUGAAAUCCCCACCCCGGCGGAGUUCAAGAAGUUCUACCGGCUCCUUCGCCGAGGGGAUGCUUUCUCUGUAACGGGUAAACCUCACCGGACUGGACGGGGCGAGCUCACGGUCGUGGCGACUCAGCUGCCACAGCUUCUGUCUCCCUGUCUGCACGAUGUGCCUCUGGACGCGAAGGAGCACGAGAACUCCCCGUAUCCGCGCCAUGUCCAGUUCCUGGCCGAUCCAAGCACUGCGGAUAUCAUCCGGGCGAGGUCGGCGAUUGUUCAAUAUCUUCGCCAGUUCUUUGUCAAUCGAUCGUUCAUGGAGGUCAACACUCCGAUCGUCGGCUCUGUUGCCGGCGGAGCAAUCGCUCGUCCGUUCUAUACCCUGGCGACGGAGUUCCCAGGACGUAGAUUGUCUCUACGGAUUGCGCCGGAGCUGUGGUUGAAGCGGUUGGUGGUAGGCGGUUUUGACCGAGUGUUUGAGAUUGGGCCCUCCUUUCGCAAUGAGGGCAUUGACAAGACUCACAAUCCAGAGUUCACAACAUGCGAGUUCUACCACGCAUACACCAACCUCGAAGACCUCAUGACCACAACCGAGACCCUCCUCUCCGGCAUGGCGCAACAUAUCCACGGAUUCAACUCAAACGGCACUCUGACACCAACCACUGCCGAUUUCUCCACGCCAUUCCGCCGCAUCGACUUCAUCACCGGCAUCGAAGAGAAGAUCGACCGCAAACUUCCCGACCUCUCAGCCCCGGAUGCCUACCAACAAAUAAAGGAACUCUUCUGCGACCUCUCCCUGCCUCUUCCAGAUAAAGCGACCCUCCCGAGCCUCCUCGACGAGCUCUGUGGCACCUACGUCGAGCCCGAAUGCAUCAACCCGACCUUCAUCAUCAACCCCCCGGAAUGCCUCUCCCCGCUCUCGAAAUCCUUCAUCCACCCCAUCACGAACCAACGCGUCGCCGCGCGCGGCGAACUCUUCAUCGAAGGCCGAGAGAUAGUGAACACGUACGAGGAGGAAAACUCGCCGUUUGAACAGCGACGCAAGUUCGAAGACCAGGUGCAGUACAGCAAGGCGGCCAAAGAGAAGGAGGAGGUCGACGAAAGUUACCUGGAGGCUUUGGAAUGGGGUUUACCGGCUACCGGGGGCUGGGGAUGCGGGAUCGAUCGUCUCUGUAUGCUUUUCACCGGGGCGAAGAGGAUCGCAGACGUUUUGCCGUUUGGGACUUUGAGGGCUGUGAGUCGGAGGAUUCAGAGUCUCAACGCAAUGGGAUUGCAAGGCGUGUCGCAGGCUCAGGCCGUGACGGUGAGUUUGAAAGAGUUGAUUGAUGGUACUGUCUCUUUUGAAACCCUGACCGAAGCCUUCGGACCGUCUUCGCUAGGCAUCAUCGUCGUGAAAGACCUCGACGCCGAAUUCCAGCGUCUGCGCGCACAGGUCCUCUCCAACGCCUCAUAUCUGGCCGCGCUCUCCACCGAUGAACUAGGUCUGUAUAUCCCUCCCCCCUCUGCCUCCCAUCCUAAACCCACCCUCAAACCAACCCCACUAACCCCUCCCCCAGAAUCCCUCACCAGCCCGGCAGCAAACUACCUCGUCGGCUGGUCCUGCGGCAAAGAAACGCUCCGAUCCGGCCACUUCGACACCCUCAAGGGCUCCUACUACGUGAACUGCGCAUUCUACCAAGACCCAGACCUAGAGGGCGCUCCAGCCUCCGACUUCCCCGAUCUCCCCGGCUACACAGCACCCAACAUCUGGCCGCCAUCUGACCGUCUCCCCACCUUCCGAAAAAGCCUCGAGGAGCUGUGCACGCUGAUCAUCGACACCGCGGCGCUGGUCGCGCGCGCCUGCGAUCGGUACGCAAGUGCUAAUAUCGAGGGGUAUAAGACUGGGUAUUUGGAACAUGUUGUGAGGACGAGUCUCACGACCAAGGCGCGAUUGCUUCAUUAUUUUCCUUCUAACGACGCAAACACCAACGAUAACCCCAAUGCCAAUUCCGAAGAAGGUAAUGAGACCAACGACGACGACGACGACUGGUGCGCCACGCACCUCGACCACGGCUGUCUCACGGGCCUCACAUCGGCAAUGUUCCUCGACGAAGCCACCUCCUCCAUCACGCCCUCCUCUACCUCACCCCUCCCGGAACUCCCAACCUCCCCCGACCCCUCAGCAGGCCUAUACAUCCAAUCCCGCACCGGCGACGUCGUGAAAGUAAACAUCCCCAAAGACAGUCUCGCAUUCCAAACAGGCGAAGCAUUACAACUAAUCACUAAGGGUAAAUUCCGUGCUGUGCCUCAUUUCGUGAAGGGUGCGAAACCCCAAGGAACCGGGGCGCGGAUCGCACGGAACACGUUGGCGGUGUUCACGCAGCCGAAUCUGAAUGAGGAGGUUGAGGAGGGGAGGUCGUUUGGGGAGUUUUCGAGGGAGGUGUUGAGGAAGACGUAUUGA